AUGUACCCCCUCAUAUUCCUAAUCCCACCCCUCCUCUACCUCCUCCACACCCUCUAUAAAUCCCUAGCCUCCCCCCUCCUCACCCUCCCCGGCCCAUUCUGGGCUCGCCUCACAAAACUAUGGUACUUCAACCGCGUGCGCUCCGCCCACUUCGAAACCGACAACAUCAAUUUACACCAGAAAUACGGCCUCAUCGUGCGUAUUUCACCAGACCAUUACAGCAUCGCCGAUCCAGCGGCCGUAAAGACAAUCUACGGGACGGGCAGCAAGUUCACCAAAUCAGUCUGGUAUGAGGGAUGGAAGCAUCCGAGUCCGGAGAGGUGGACUUUGUUUCCGGAUAGGGAUGUCAAGAGGCAUUCUGAAACAAGGAAGCGGUUUUCGAGUUUAUACUCGAUGAGUUCGUUGAUAAAUUACGAGGCGUUUGUAGAUGACUGCGCGGAUAUAUUCUCGCAGCGACUUGAGGAAUAUGCGGAUAGAAUGCAGGAGUUGAAUAUGGGCCAUUGGUUCCAGUGCUAUGCGUUUGAUGUUAUUUCGAGUAUUACGUUUGGUGGACGAUUUGGCUUCCUAAAUGAGGGCAAAGACAUCGAAGGCGCCAUGACCGCUCUCCAGAAACUGAUGAUGUACAGCACCCUCGUCGGGAUAUACCCACAAUGGCAUCCGCGGCUCUUCGGUCCACUAAGUAAAUUCAGCUGGUCUGGAGCUGGCGGACGGGCGUACAUCAUGCAAUAUGUACAGGGGAAGAUCGCGCGGCAUAACGAGGUGAAAUCAGACCCUGAAGCUGCGCCCGGAAUGCAGACGAAGACGCAGGACUUUCUGGAGAAAAUGGUUCUGGCGAGGGAUAAGGAUCCAGAGAAAGUUAGUGAUUACCACUUGUUCAUGAUGGGUCAGUCGAAUGUCAUCGCGGGAUCGGAUACAACUGCGAUUAGUCUCAGUGCGAUAUUGUACCAUUGUCUUCGGAGUCCGGGUGUCUUGCAUAAAUUGCGGAAGGAAAUCGACUCGUUCACCGAGCAGGGACGGUGCAGCGAGAAAGUCACGUUCAAGGAAAGCCAGGAAAUGCCGUACUUCCAAGCAGUCAUGAAAGAAGCCCUCCGGAUGCACAGUGCAACUGGUCUGCCGUUGUGGAGAGAAGUCCCUGCUGGCGGCGCGGAGAUUAGUGGACGGUUUUUUCCCGCUGGAACGGUCGUUGGGAUUAACACUUGGGUUGCGCAUUAUAAUGAGGAUAUCUUUCCGGAUGCGAGGGCGUUUAGGCCUGAGAGGUGGAUUGAGGCAGAAAACUGGCCAGAAAGAUUGAAGGUUAUGAAUGACAUGUAUAUGCCGUUCGGCCUUGGAUCACGAACAUGUCUGGGGAAACAUAUUUCCAUCCUCGAGAUGUCGAAGUUGAUCCCUCGUUUGGUGAGGGACUUUGAUUUCGAGCUCGUCAAUCCAGAACGAGAAUGGGAGACGGAGAACUUCUGGUUCGUGAAACCGGUGGAUUUCAACGUUAGGACGAAGCGUCGCAGUACCCUCAAACAAUAAAAAAAGCAUACACCAUUCAAAUGAAAGUCACAUACAACCCCCCAAACUCAUCCUCCUAUACUCCUCAAUCAACCCAUUAAUAUCCUCCAUAUCCGUAUGAUCAUACCUCU